AUGUCGUUUAACAUGCUAGUAAAUCAUAAUUCUGGGUGUUCAUCCAAAAUGAAUAUUUAUUUGGCUUGGUUCCUGAUCUUCAACAUUAUAAUGUUCCUCGCGCUGUCUGUAUCUCUGCCAGUAUUGAGCAGCAGCUCAGACUGCAGUACUAUUACCACUUGUGAUCCAUUUCUGCCUGUCUGCGCAUCGUCGACAAAUGAACACCAAUUCUUCUACAGCAAUUGUGAAAUGUUGCGGGAUGCCUGUCUUACGGGAAAGGAUUGGAAACCGGAUUACUUCAACCACUGCAAUGUCAGCAAACUUUAGUCGUUUGUAAAAGCUGGACUCUUAAUUCAAACAACUGGAUUUGUGUAUACAUACAUUUAUAAUAAAGAGGCUUU